AUGGAAUUCCUCCUCUUGAAUCUGCCUAAGCAGCUCUCUGAGACCGGCCUGGGGGAGAAGCUGUACGCUCUGUAUGUAGCUCCAUAUUUCCGUGUGUCUCCGGGCCAGGUCCAGACCCAUCUAGAGGGUAACAGGCUGGUACUGACCUGUCUGGCUGAAGGCUCAUGGCCUCUACAGUACCGAUGGAUCCUCAACAACACAGAUAUCACACACUUCUCUCCACUAUACACGUAUGUUAUCCCAGAGGUCCAGAGGUCAGAUGCUGGGUUGUAUCAGUGUGUGGUCAGGAACAGGAUGGGAGCCCUGUUACAGAGGAGAGCUGUGGUGCAGGUCGCCUUUAUGGGUAACUUUUCUGGUGAAGAGCAGCGUCGUACAGUCAGUGUUGGUCGAGCUGUGGUCCUGAACACUCCAACCGUCAGCUGCUUCCCUCGACCGCAGGUCACCUGGUACAGAGACGGUCACAAAAUAAUCCCCAGCAACAGAGUGUGA